UGAUGUUCUAAAGGUUUCAGCAUCUUUUUGAAUUUGUCACAUGUGUGGAAAGGUAUGAGUGAGCCUUUGUAUCAUACUGUGAGUGAUGCUCGUCAGCACACAAACCCAGAGUUUCUCUACAGGAACACAGAGAGAGUUAUUCCCUGUACUGUAAGGACACAUUCAGCAUUGUGCAGUAAAUCCAGAUCAUCCCAGUUAAAUGAUUACAUGGAUGUGAGUGUGGUCGUCAGAGCAGCACUGAUCAGUGUCAGGUUAUAAUGACCAAGGUGUACACAAACACUAAGUUUGAGUGUGUGCAGUGAGACUUCAGUCAAAGCAUUUAACUGAGGUGUGAAAAAUAAGCUGAACUCUACAGCUUGUUGUGGUCCCCUGUGGCUUGACAGCCUUCCAGCUGUUCUCCAGCAUUUUCAUUUACAGUCAUAAAAUAUCUCCACAUGUUGCUCCUCUUUCUCUCUCUCUGCAGUCCAAAUGCGUCUUCUGAGCGCAUCUGAGUCACGUGACGGCACAGUAACAAAUCCCAGCAGGGCAGGAAGAAGGGGGCGGAGCAAAGUGCGUCUGCCGCAUAAGAAGAGGUGUUCACACAGACAGAGCUGCUUUUUCAUCCACAGCGAGUAAAUAGUGAACCUCCAGGAGAGAAACAAACUAAAGUAUCGAUCAUAUACCACUACCAACGUUUGGAUCGAUAUCUGCAUCGAUCUGCACACCCUUGUCUCCUGGAUCGUAGCUGAGAUCAGCGUGAACCGCGUGGGUCUCUGCUCCCUGACCUGUUUCCUGUUUGGAAAGAGUUCCAGCUUCAUCACGGAGUUUCUCUCGGUUUGUGGGCUCAUCUAAAGGACCAACGUGGAUUGAGAAGUCAGCACUCUCAGGAGGCCGACAAAUUCGUUGAAGAAAGAAGUGGAAGAAAAAAAAUACAACAGUGACGAGUUUGGGAAAUAUUUUACUGUGAAAGCUUCCCUAAAAAUGCAUCAGGUCAUCCACAGUGGAGAGAGACCGUUCAGCUGUGACGAGUGUGGAAAGUCUUUUACCAGGUCUGGAAGCUUAAAAACACACAAACUCAUCCACAGUGGAGAGAGACCGUUCAGCUGUGGAGACUGUGGAAAGUCUUUUCGCACGUCUGGAAACUUAAAAAAUCACAAACUCGUCCACAGUGGAAAGAGACCGUUCAGCUGUGGAGACUGUGGAAAGUCUUUUACCAGGUCUGGAAACUUAAAAACACACAAACUCAUCCACAGUGGAGAGAGACCGUUCAGCUGUGGAGACUGUGGAAAGUCUUUUAGCAUGUCUGGAAACUUAAAAAAUCACAAACUCAUCCACAGUGGAAACAGACCGUUCAGCUGUGAUGAGUGUGGAAAGUCUUUUACCAAGUCUGAAAACUUAAAAACACACAAACUCAUCCACAGUGGAGAGAGACCGUUCAGCUGUGACGAGUGUGGAAAGUCUUUUGCCCACUCUGGAAGCUUAAAAACACACCAACUCAUCCACACUGGAGAGAGACCGUUCAGCUGUGACGAGUGUGGAAAGUCUUUUAUCAACUCCGGAAACUUAAAAACACACCAACUCAUCCACACCAGAGAGAGACCGUUCAGCUGUGGAGACUGUGGAAAGUCUUUUACCCUCUUUGGAAACUUAAAAACACACCAACUAAUCCACACUGGAGAGAGACCAUUCACCUGUGACGAAUGUGGAAAGUCUUUUGCCCACUCUGGAAGCUUAAAAACACACCAACUAAUCCACACUGGAGAGAGACCGUUCAGCUGUGGAGACUGUGGAAAGUCUUUUACGCAGUCUGGAAGCUUAAAAAAACACCAACUCAUCCACACUGGAGAGAGACCGUUCAGCUGUGAUGAGUGUGGAAAGUCUUUUACCACGUCUGGAAGCUUAAAAACACACCAACUCAUCCACACUGGAGAGAGACCGUUCAGCUGUGACAAGUGUGGAAAGUCUUUUACCGAGUCUGGAAACUUAAAAUCACACCAACUCAUCCACAGUGGAGUUAAAGCGUACACCUGUGAUCAGUGUGGCAGAGCUUUUACUCACAGUCACAGCUUACAGAGUCAUCUAGUUACCCACUCUGGAAUUAAGGCGUACAGCUGUGACAUUUGUGGAAAAACUUUCAGCCGGAUAGGGAGCCGAAAUAUACACCUACGCAUUCACACCAGACAUGAUGUGUACAGCUGUGAUCAGUGUGGUAAACAGUUUACUACAAACACAGAGUUACGACAUCACAUGUUUACCCACACUGGGGAACGACCUUAUAAAUGUGACCUGUGUGAGAAGACUUUUAAAUCUCCACGUUACCUGAAAGCACACCAACAGAUCCACACCAGAAAGACUCUACAAGUGCAGUUACUGUGAGAAGCAGAGCGACACAGAUGGAUCAAGUUCCCAACCCUGUCAUCGCUGUGGGAAAGACUUUUGUUGUGAUCUUUGUGGAAAGACUUUAAGUCAUUGAAGGACUCUGAAAAUACAUCAACGUAGACACACUGGAGACAAAAUGAACUACUGUAAAGAAUGCGGGAGAGGCUUCACCACUUCAAAGGACUUCAAACAAUAUGAACUCCUUCACAGUGGCGUUAAAAAGCAUAUCUGCGAUCAGUGUGGGUCAUCCUUCAUCAGUGCACGUCAGCUUGAAAAGCAUAAACGAGUCCACACAUGAGAGAAACCAUACAAGCGCAGAAAC